UUUUUCACCGGAUGAAUGAUGUUUUUAUACAUUUAUAUUGUCCUCCUCUUAAAGAUGCCAGUAGCAGUUCUGGGACUGACUGUGGAACAAGAUCCAAAGGCUUUGGUUAAGGCAGUGGGCAAAACUGUGUAUCUGCCCUGCAAAGCGACCGGUUUCUCAAGCUCUUCAGAUUAUAUCCACUGGUACCAAAUGAAAGAUGGUAAAGCCCCGUCAAGACUGCUCUAUAUCAGUAAUGAUGGUGGUGUCACUCGUGAUGGCAACAAUCCCCAAGCAAACGACUUCACAGUGGACAAAAAAAAGCUUUAUGAUCUAAAACUGAGUGACAUUAAGAAGAGUCACGCUGCUGUUUACUUCUGUGCCUACUGGGACACCAGCAGCGGCCACAUGGGCAACUGGAUCAAAAGGUUUGGAACAGGAACACGGCUGAUAGUAACUGACCCAGGGAAAGACAAGAUCAAUCCACCAACGGUAUCAGCAUACCUAUCAAGAAAAACAAGUAACAAACAGACAAUGUUAUGCCAUGCCAAAGAUAUGUUUCCUGACUUGGUGACAUUCACCUGGAAAAAGAAGAGCAAUACAGGAGUUUGGACGGAUGUAUCGGAGGAAGUCAUGGAGCAGAGUAAUUCUGAAAAUUCAAAAGUCACCUCCGUGACAAGUAUGAUGAUUGUAGAUGAAAACACGGCUAGAGGCAAUCUCUACAAAUGUGUUGCUAACCAUGAAGGAGGCUCGUCUAAGGAAACUGAACUGAAGAAAGAUAACAAAGACAUACUGGAAUCGGAUAAGCCGGGCCCAACAUGCCCAACCAACACUGGUGACACUGUGAAGACCUUAAAACAGCAGAGAUCAGGCAAUUCGGAGCAAAUGCCCAGUCUGUACCUGUUUGUCUACGCGUAUGGUGUCAUGCUUAUGAAGAACGGAAUAUAUUUUUGUGCCGUCUCUAUCUUUCUAUUAAAGAGAAAAUUUGGAAAGAAAGAAUAAAGCUUCUCUAUAGAGACUAAAUGGAUAAGAUAAACAUCAAGCAAACAAACAUUUAUCAUAUAGAGUAUGUUUAGCUGAUUUCUAAAGAAUAGAAGCAUAUCUGCAGCUAUAUUAACUUUGCUUAAAUGUAUUGUUUUUAAAUGUAUUUGUUGUAGAUCUGCUUUGCACAACUGGGUAAACUUUACAAUAAGGUUCAUUAGUUAACAUGAACUAAUAAUGAACUGCACUUAUGCAGCAUUUAUUAAUCUUUUAAUAAUAAUCAUUUACUAAAAAUCUUGUUAACAUUAGUUAAUGCACUGUGAACUAACAUGAACAAACAAUGAACGACUGUAUUUUCAUUAACAUUAAUGAAGAUUAGUAAAUACUGUACCAAAUGCAUUGUUCAUGGUUAGUUCAUGUUAGUUAAUACAUUAAUUAAUGUUAACGAAUGAGUGCUUAUUGUAAAGUGUUACACACAACUGUUUUAUUUUUUCAUCUUUGAAUUUUUUUUUUAAAGUGUAUAAUAUACCAACAUUUUAAAAUGUUUUGUAUCUGUCUUUGUGGCAUUCUCUGAAUUUGUUAAAUAAAAUCUGACAAACAUU